AACCCGCAUGUUAUCGUACAAAGCAGUAUGUGAAAGUUGUACACCGCGUCUGGUUUGCACUCUUUUCUUCACAGUGGUGUGCGGUUCAGGACGCAGCCACAUAACGAGCGCGAGCACCUGGGCGACGUCACUCCGCCCUACUUCGUCCCCGAGGCGAGCUGCUGGUGCUGCACUUCCUCCAGCGCGCAGCAAGAGCAGGCAGGCGGAGGCACCGAGAAAACCUCUCUUUCGGAGGAGCGGCUGUUUGUGAGCGGUCACCAUGGCUCCCUUCCUGAGGAUCACCUUUAAUGCUUAUGAAUUUGGUGCCCUGUCUCCAGUGGCCGAAGCGCCGUUUUGUGCAGUCAAGCUUAAGGAGUCGCUCAACACAGAACGAGGGAAGACUCUAAUUCAGAAGAAGCCUACCAUGUUUCCAGCUUGGCGCGUCAGCUUUGAUGCACACAUUUAUGAAGGUCGCGUCCUCCAGGUCUUGCUUAUGCGCACUGCAGAAGAGCCAUUAGCAGAAGUCACACUUGGUGUAUCUGUUCUUGCAGAGCGGUGCAAGAAAUCCAGUGGCCGUUCAGAGUUUUGGGUGGAUCUGCAACCUUCAGGAAAAGUGAUGAUGUCUGUUCAGUAUUUCUUGGAAGAUACGGACACAGAGUCUUAUCAGUCGGUAGUGACAGAGGAAGAGGCUCCAACUAUAAAUCGGCGUCGUGGGGCUAUUAAACAGGCCAAAAUUCACUUCAUCAAAAACCAUGAGUUCAUCGCCACCUUCUUUAGACAACCCACUUUUUGCUCUGUGUGCAGAGACUUCGUCUGGGGAUUAAACAAGCAAGGAUACAAGUGUAGACAAUGCAAUGCAGCUAUUCAUAAGAAGUGUAUUGAUAAAAUAAUUGGCAGAUGCACCGGGACAGCGGCCAACAGUCGUGACACUAUGUUUCAGAAGGAGCGCUUUAAAAUUGAUAUGCCACACCGCUUUAAGACCAACAACUACAUGAGCCCAACCUUUUGUGACCACUGUGGGAGUCUGCUAUGGGGUCUUGUUAAGCAGGGACUGAAGUGUGAGGACUGUGCUAUGAAUGUGCAUCAUAAGUGCCAGACUAAAGUCGCCAACCUUUGUGGAAUCAACCAAAAACUAUUGGCUGAGGCUCUUACUCAAGUGGGCCCGAAAUCAACGAAGAAGCCUGAAACAAACACUCAGGAUACUGGAGUUUACCAGGACUUCAAUAAAAGCCCAGGGCCUGACAUUACUGAUGGCUCUCUAUAUGGUCGUCUCUGGGACGGGCCAAGUCCUCACCCUCCAUCUCGGAUCACACACCAGACACGCAUCACAUCCGAGCAUUUCACCUUCCAUAAAGUCCUGGGCAAGGGAAGCUUUGGAAAGGUUUUUUUGGCAGAGUUAAAGAACAGUGGGGAAUGGUUUGCUGUGAAAGCCCUAAAGAAAGACGUGGUGUUGAUAGAUGAUGACGUAGAAUGCACCAUGGUAGAAAAGCGGGUGCUGGCUCUGGCUUGGGACAAUCCAUUUCUUACACACAUUUACUCGACUUUUCAGACCAAGGAGCACUUGUUCUUUGUGAUGGAGUAUCUGAACGGAGGAGACCUGAUGUUUCAUAUACAGGAAAAAGGACGGUUUGACCUCUACAGAACCACAUUUUAUGCAGCUGAAAUUGUAUGUGGACUACAGUUCCUUCAUGGAAAAGGCAUCAUCUAUAGGGAUCUGAAGUUGGAUAAUGUAAUGCUUGAUGGAGCAGGUCACAUAAAGAUUGCUGAUUUUGGCAUGUGUAAGGAGAACGUCUUUGGAGACAAUUUUGCCUCGACAUUUUGUGGAACUCCAGACUACAUUGCCCCAGAGAUUUUAUUAGGUCAGCAAUAUUCAUUCUCCGUUGACUGGUGGUCAUUUGGUGUGCUGGUGUACGAGAUGCUGAUUGGUCAGUCCCCAUUCCAUGGCGAUGAUGAGGAUGAACUGUUCGAGUCAAUCCGCAUGGACACCCCUCACUACCCCCGAUGGAUUACAGUAGAAACCAGAGACAUGAUAGAGCGGUUGUUUGAGCGUGACCCUUCGCGUCGUUUGGGUAUUGUGGGUAAUAUCCGAGCUCAUUCAUUCUUUAAAACAAUUAACUGGUCUGCUUUAGAGAAGAAAGAAAUUGACCCCCCUUUCCAGCCACAAGUGAAAUCUUCCAAUGACUGCAGUAACUUUGAUCGAGAGUUUUUAAAUGAGAAGCCCCGCCUCUCUCACUGUGAGAAAGGUUUAAUUGACUCAAUGGACCAGAGCGCCUUUGCUGGUUUCUCAUUUAUUAAUCCGAAAAUGGAGCUCCUCCUGCAGAAGUGACUGAAGACACACACCUCCACCACGAAGCAUGUGACGAAAAGGUUCAGUAGGAGUUUAACGUUAAAGUUUAGAGCCAAUUACUUGUCUGUGUUUACAAACAGGUCCACUAGCUCUUCUUUCUCACCAAGUUUUCAAUUCAUUGAUAUACAUGGAUAACAUGUUAGAUAAAUAGAUUUUAAACACUGAAGUGUUGCAUCAAUUACUUCAUUAAGAUAGUUGGUGUAGAGUUGAUAAAUAGACCUACAAGUUAGAGAUUCUUUGUUUUGUUUUUUUGCCACACCCUUUCAAAGUCUGUGUAGACUUAGUUUUAUUCAUUUAGUUUAAUUUUUUGUCAGUAGUGAGCCAUUCAUUACUGCAUUAAUCGUGUGUUAACACUGAAUGUUUUAACAGAGAUAAUGUAGGAUGGUUUAAUGUUAAAAAAACAAACAAAUUAUAAAUGGUAGAGGAAAGGACACGAGCUUUUAGAUAAUUGUAAGUGAAGGUGUGCUUGUGAGGCUGUCUUGAGAUGUAGAACAUUGUGCUGUGAAUUUUGUAAAGCUAUAUACUUUAUGUAUAUGUGCAUAUGGUGUACAUCAUGUUGUGCAAACAGACUCAGUCCUUGUUUGUGUGUAUUAUUAGGAGUUAAGGAAAUAAAAUCAUGGAUUUUAAUGUGUACUAACCAAGCAUGUUUGUGCAGAUGUUUUACCUUAAAGCAUAACAUGAAUGAGAGUCUUCUAAUGUACACUGUGAAUUAAGCUGAUGUACAUAUAGCUGGUUCUCUUGUGCUCUUGGCUUGAUGUAUAUGCAUAUUGUUGCAUCUCAACUGUUAAUUAUCUGCCAUUAAACUUGAGUACAUGAUCAAA